AUGCCACCCGAAGAGGUGCAGAGACUCUCUAGAGUCAGGAAUAUAGGCAUUGCGGCCCACAUUGAUAGCGGCAAGACAACAGUUACCGAACGUGUUCUUUUCUAUACUGGUCGAAUCAAGGCUAUCCACGAGGUAAGGGGCAAAGACGCUAUUGGUGCGAAGAUGGAUUCCAUGGAACUCGAAAGGGAAAAGGGCAUCACCAUUCAAUCUGCGGCUACAUUUUGCGACUGGGAAAAGAAAGAGAACGGCAAGGAAGAGACUUAUCAUUUCAACUUGAUCGACACGCCUGGCCACAUUGAUUUUACAAUUGAAGUCGAGAGAGCUCUUCGUGUCCUUGAUGGCGCCGUCAUGAUUCUUUGUGCCGUCAGUGGCGUUCAAUCGCAGACUACCACCGUGGAUCGUCAAAUGAAGCGAUAUAAGGUUCCCCGAGUCUCUUUUAUCAACAAGAUGGAUCGCAUGGGUGCCAACCCAUGGAAAGCCGUGGAACAAAUCAACUUGAAGCUAAAAAUGCCGGCCGCCGCAAUCCAGAUUCCUAUUGGAGCUGAAGAUGAGUUCGAAGGUGUUGUUGACUUAAUCGAGAUGAAGGCGAUGUAUUUCGAAGGCCCCCGAGGAACCAAAGUCAGAUCUGAUGCCAUUCCUGCUAGUUUACGAAAUCUUGCAGCAGAGAAACGUCAGAUACUUAUCGAGAAAUUGGCCGAUGUUGAUGACGAGAUCGCGGAAAUUUUCCUUGAGGAGCAGGAACCCAGCAAUGAGCAGAUCAAGGCAGCUAUUCGACGGGCCACGAUUGCGCGCAACUUCUCACCCGUCUUGAUGGGCUCUGCUCUGGCGGACAAGGGCGUACAGCCAAUGCUCGAUGCCGUUUGUGACUAUCUACCAAACCCAUCUCAAAUUGAGAACACUGCUCUCGACAAGUCCAAAGACGAACAAGCCGUCAAAUUGGUACCAUACAACUCGUUGCCUUUCGUUGGACUUGCGUUUAAGCUCGAAGAGAACAAUUAUGGCCAGCUUACGUACAUUCGUGUUUACCAAGGAACCCUUACAAAGGGAACAUACCUGUUCAACUCCCGAACAGACAAGAAAGUCCGAAUCCCCCGCAUUGUCAGAAUGCACUCCAAUGAAAUGGAAGAUGUGUCUGAAGUUGGUGCAGGGGAAAUCUGUGCGGUAUUCGGGGUUGACUGUGCAUCAGGAGACACAUUCACGGAUGGAGGUCUGCCUUAUACUAUGUCGUCAAUGUUUGUCCCAGAUGCCGUCAUGUCUCUCUCCAUUAAACCAAAGCGAACGGCCGACGCAGACAAUUUUAGCAAGGCCAUGAAUCGGUUUCAGCGCGAAGACCCGACGUUCCGGGUGCAUGUGGACCCUGAAAGCGAAGAAACUAUUAUCUCCGGCAUGGGCGAAUUACACCUGGAGGUUUAUGUUGAGCGGUUGAAGCGUGAGUAUAAGACAGAAUGUAUCACCGGACAGCCACGUGUGGCUUACCGAGAGACGAUUUCUCACCGUGCUGAGUUCGAUUACUUGCUUCGUCGACAGAGCGGCGGGCCCGGAGACUUCGCCCGUGUGGCUGGAUGGAUCGAGCCCAAUGAUACGCCGGAGGACAACCACUACGAAAGCCAAGUUGUUGGUGGCCAUAUCCCAGACAAAUUCCUAACAGCCUGUGCUAAGGGUUUCGACCUGACUUGCGAACGUGGUCCUCUUCUCGGCCACAGAGUCAUCGGUACUAAAAUGAUCAUUAAUGAUGGUGCUACCCACGUCACGGACUCCUCUGAUUACGCAUUUAGCCUGGCGACACAGAUGGCCUUUCGAAAAGCAUUCACCGAUGCCGGUGGCCAGGUUUUAGAGCCAUUGAUGAAGACAACCAUCGCAGCACCUAAUGAGUUUCAGGGCAAUAUUCUAAUGCUCAUGAAUAAGAGAAACGCGACCAUCCACGACACAGAAAUUGGCAACGAGGACUUUACAUUAAUUUGUGACUGCAGCCUCAAUGCCAUGUUUGGCUUUAGUUCUCAACUAAGAGCUGCAACGCAGGGAAAGGGAGAGUUUAGCAUGGAAUUUAGCCAUUACGCCCCUGCUCCUCCUCAUUUACAGAAAGAGCUUAUUGCCAAAUACCAGGCCGAGCUCGAAGCGAAGAGAACGAAAUAG